AUCCACGAAGGACUUGAUGGAUAGAUAGUGUGAUCGGUGUGGUAUCCAAAGUCCGUUUGUGGCCUGUGUACGUAGACAGAAUCACAGGAUACAUGAUUUAUCGUUUCAUGUAAUAUGAACUUAUUCUUUCUCGUACUUGGUUAAAUCACGAUCAUUAAUCUAACAACACUAGUGGAUAAUUUUCGCCCCUGGAAACAUUUGUUAUGAAAUCGUUGGCCAUGAAAUAUCCCGGUCUCGCUUGUUUGUCUCUGCGUAAGCCUAAGCUUGCAACUCAGCUUUUUUUAAAAAGGGAAUUGGUGAUUUCCUCAAUGGGAGAGCACAUAGAAAGGACAAAAGUAAACUAUCGCCAAAACAUAAAGAGUGGUGCAACAGUUAUUGAAACAAAAAUACUAAGCCCCACUGUAAUUGGAGUGAAAUUAAGAGUUGAAGAUCAUAGCCUGACAUUCUUUGCUGGGCAAUGGGUUGACGUAUUCAUACCAAAUGUAAGCCAAAUCGGGGGAUUUUCCAUGUAUUCCCCACCUUGGUUACUAGAACAGUCCCAACAGAUUCAAUUAGCUGUAAAAAAAUCUUCAUGGCCACCUGCUCAAUGGGUGCAUUCAAGUUGCAAAGUUGGUGACAAAAUACAAAUCCGAAUCGGAGGCGAUUUUUAUUACGACCCUCCGUCAAAUGUUCCAAUUCCUGACAUGAUUUUCAUAGCUGGUGGAGUUGGGAUUAAUCCACUGCUAUCCAUUCUGCUCCAGCUCAAACACCAUUUUCAGAUCCCAAAUAAUGAAAAACAUUUACCGAAAAACAUAACUCUGCUUUACAGUGCAAAGCAGAAAGAAGAGUUGCUUUUUCAAGAUACAAUAUCAGAAUUGAAAAACGGCCCGUUGAAGUCGUUUGAUUAUCGUUUUUUCGUAACACGAUUUCCCGCUCCGGAUGACCACCAAUGUGAUCAAAGAGGAUCUCAAUUGAGAGAGGGUCGAGUAAUGGAAGAGGACUUGCGGCUAGCCAUUAGUAAAAGCUAUGUUGAGAACGUUAUCUGUUUUAUUUGCGGACCUCCACCUAUGGCGGAUGCUAUCCAUUCUCAGCUUUUAAAAAUGGGAGUGACUGCUAAACAGAUCAAAUAUGAAAAGUGGUGGUGAUCCACCAAUGAAAAAAUUUGCACAAAUUGUGGCAAUUUCUAGUAAUAUAAUUACUCCCUAGCCUAAGGUUCCUAAACAAAUUCAUAAUAAAACCCGAAUGACAAGCUACAGUUUGUAAUGUCAGUUUUUAGCUCAAAUUGUCAUAAUUGAAAUUGCAUUGCAAAUGUUACUAUACUCACAGAAAAUGGUAACCAGUCGUUUCUCCUACUCUCGUCCCAAAUAGUAAAUAGUAAUUGAAAAAUUGUUAGAAAAAAACGUGACACUGCGAAAUAGGUCAAUACAAUCAGGGGAAAACCCUCUCAACAACUACA